GAUUCUUCUGGACGGAUUCACGCAACGUCCUCAGUUGGCUGAAUUCCGAUCACCGGAAAUAUCAUCAGUUUGUUGCGGUACGGAUCAGUGAAAUGUUGGAGUUGACGGAAUCAUCGGAAUGGAACUGGGUUCCGACGAAGCUGAACGUCGCUGACGAUGCAACAAAGUGGCAGAAUCUCCCGGAUCUUUCUCCUAGCAGUCGCUGGUUCCGUGCUCCGGAGUUCCUGUGGGGACCGAAAGAGGGAUGGCCAGUCAUCGAGUCCAAGUUCGAUCAUACCGCAGAGGAGAUACGGGCGCAUGUGCAGCACCAUUCCGUCGAACGCGCUCUAUUCCGGUGGGAAGAUUUUUCGAGAUGGAACCGUCUUCUUCGACACGUUGCCUUCAUUCAACGAUUUCCGUCGAAUCUACGUCGGGGGCGGUCGAAGGAGCCCAUCAUUACUGGACCGCUAACGCAAGAGGAGCUGAGAAAAGCGGAGAUGUUCAUCCUCAUAUCGGUGCAAGAUGCUGAGUUUGCCGAGGAGAAAGCUCUGCUGCAGAAGCCGAAGCCGGUGUCGUGGAAGAACGUGUUGCCGAAGCGUAGCUCGCUGUACAAGCUGAGUCCGUUCCUAGCCGAAGAUGGUUUGCUGCGAAUGAAUGGUCGGAUCGACGAAUGUGCGCAUGUGGAGGAAUGCACGAAGCAUCCGAUACUGCUUCCGAAGCGACAUCUGGUUACGGACCUUAUCAUAGCCAGCGUUCAUCAAAAGUUCUGCCACAUGAAUCACCAGUCAACGCUCAACGAAAUCCGCCGCAGAUUCUACGUUCCGGCAUUGAAAUCGGUCUAUAACCGUGUCCGUGACCGAUGCCAGCACUGCAAGAUUCUUCGAGCGAAACCAGAAGCCCCCGAGAUGUCUGGCCUAUCGGUUGGACGCCUACAGCCAUUUUGCCGUCCAUUUUCCUACGUUGGUAUCGACUACUUCGGACCGAUGCACGUAGUUAUCGGUAGGAGGACCGAGAAACGAUGGGGUGUACUCAUAACCUGUCUAACUGUGCGAGCAGUACACCUCGAAGUCGCACACAGCCUCACCACCGACUCAUGCAUUCUCGCCAUACGAAACUUCAUCGCCAGGAGAGGUGCCCCGGUUCAGAUCAUCAGCGAUCGAGGCACCAACUUCAUCGGAGCCAGCCGCGAACUGAAGGAAGCCCUGCAGCAAGUGAACCAGGACAAGUUGAUGGAACACUUCGUCACCACUGAUACGAAAUGGACGUUCAACCCUCCGGCGUCACCACACUUCGGCGGAGCCUGGGAACGCCUAGUUCAGUCCGUGAAGAAAUCCCUCAAGCACCUACAACUCACCCGCACACCCACAGACGAGAUAUUACGGAACACGCUUACGGAGAUCGAGCUUACCGUUAAUUCUCGACCACUAACCGAACUACCGCUAGACGACGAGCUAUCGCAAGCGCUCACUCCGAAUCACCUUUUGAUCGGGUCGUCAGACGGUUCAAAGCCCCCGAUCGCAUAUGACGACAGCAGCUACGCUCUGAAGCACACCUGGAGAAUGUCGCAGGUCUACGCCAACCGGUUCUGGCGGCGUUGGGUAGAGGAAUACCUGCCCACACUCACACGAAGGACAAAAUGGUUUAACCGUGCCAAGCCGAUUGAGGAAGGAGACAUCGUUAUCAUCGUGGACGAGACACUGCCAAGGAACUGCUGGCCGAAAGGUCGGGUGGUACAUGCAAUCCGGUCCAAGGAUGGACAGGUUCGUCGUGCACUGGUGCAGACUGCAACUGGAGUUCUUGAGAGACCAGCCGUGAAGAUCGCGGUGUUGGACGUCGGUGCAAACGUGAGUACUUCGGAGCAGUAACCUCGAAGUACUGCGGGGGAGUGUCGCAACCAUGUGUUAAACCGUUUUUUCGCACUGGGUCGCGCCGCACCAACACACUCAACCACAGCGACGGUAGGUACCGCUGUAUCACACCUUGUCCGCACGAAACGUCAGUGAUAGCGGAUAGAAAAACAGUGAACUGAAAACUAUCGACUGAAAAAACGUGUUCGCCCGAGAAUUCGAUAAUUAUUACUAAUUUAUAAUAUAAUAAAGCUAAUAGUACGUUCUAGUUUGCAAUAAGUGAAGCCUAUUGCGGUUAUUGUGAAUCUUACAUCUAAUAGUACGGUGGUAAUCCUUACAAACUAAUAGUACGGAUAGUAAGCGUAGGUUAGUAGAUACAUGCAAUGCUUGAUAUAUGCAAUCACAGUUUAGACUAGAUAAGAUUAAAAUUUGAUAUUUGUGCUACAGCUGCUGUUCUGGAAACAAAAAAGAGAAGAGUGCCUUAAGCGUCUAAUAUUAAAAAUAAGUACCAAACACUCAAGAAACAGUAUUCCCACAUCCGAUCCUGUAACGAUACACUGAAGGGACACUAAACGUAAGUCUAUCAUAUCUACAGUUAAAAUAAUCAAUAUUUACAAAAAAUAUUCAUGUAAAAAAACAACAACAAUAUGCACAACAACAAAAUAACGAAAUACUUAUAUCAUUUUAUAAUUAUAAUCUCUCACGAUAGGA